UGCACCGUUAGGAGGGUGGCAGAGACAGCACUAGGUUUCAAGCAUCGACCUUUGCUACAACCAGUAGUCUCAGUGGUGAUACUUGACCCCUACAACGUGAGAAGUUGACUCGGAUUGAUGUUCUGCAAUCUAGCCACAAAAGUAUCUGCCUCUUCAAUAUAUCAUUUUAUUCGAGGGAAUUAGGCGUUUCCGCAAGAUUAGUUGCCUUUAUUCGACCUUUUCAAAAGUGAUUCCUUGUAUGGAUUGCGAAUUCGGGCGAGAACAACUCGCUGCAAAAACAAUGCACAAAAUGACGAGGGAAAUAAACAUGGAUGCGCUCCAUGCUGCGUCAACGAAACGAAUCAGCGAAUUUGCCAUGGAACAUCUCAAAGACGCGUCGCUCAGCUCAUGGCUUUCAAUCAUCGUAUUAUUGUUCACGGCAUAUUGGCUCCUCUUGAUAGGAUAUCGCCUGACCUUACAUCCAUAUGCAAAGUAUCCUGGCCCUAAGGUUGCUGCAAUCUCAGAAUUAUGGCUAAGAGGUCGCUGGCCAUGGGCAGUCGAGAAGGCUUUUGAAAAAUAUGGAGAUGUCGUACGAAUUGCACCUAAUGAGAUCGCCAUAUUCGGGUACAAGGCAAUAGUCGACGUUUUGAUGCCUGGCAAGACAAACGAUGCGCAGGCAUUUUUGAAGACCGAAGAGCUGGGAGCUCUUGCAGGAAAGCACAAAGGUUUCGCUGCUGAUACGGACCCAAAGAUUCAUCGUCAUGUGAGAAAGGCCAUGGAACCAAGCUUCAACAUGAAUGCGAUUAAACGUUGGCAAGAGCCGCUCUUCCACAAGCAUUACGACCGAUUCGUUCGCAAGGUCGAAGAGGCUUGCCGAAACGGUCCUAUCAACUUAACAGAGUGGAAUGAGUGGCUCAGCAUGGAUCUUGCCGGCGACUUGACAUUUGGACAUGACUAUGGCAACAUAGCAAACGGUGAAGCCGGAGAGUUCCUGGAAACGUUCUCCAAGUUGAGUUUCUGGGGCACCGUGAACCAGGUUUUUGCACGCUUUCCCCUUCUUUACCCGUUCGUGUUGCUUGCCUUGAGUCCUAGCUUAGCGACAGUGGCGCCAAAACUCCAGCAUAUCAAUAGUAGGUACAUCGAUGAUCGAACUCGGACCAGCGAUUCUCUUGAACACGAAGACUUCAUGUCUUCUCUCAUCAGAGACGGCGAAGAACCGCCUGGAGUCGACUUUCUUGUUGCUCAAAGCAUGAACGUGGUCAUAGGCAACGCUGAAGCCACUUCCAACAUGUUUACGGUAUCGGUACAUUUUCUUGGCAUGCAUCGAGACAAACUCGAGAAGUUGAAGACCGAUAUUCGUGGUCGCUUUGCUUCCUACGAGGAAAUCAAAUCCGAUAACGUGCAAAACAUUACGUGGCUCAAUGCUGUCAUCAACGAGGGUCUUCGACUAGCUACUCAGGGCACUUCAGGUCUACCUCGCAUCAGUCCUGGAGGCUUCGUUGAUGGCCACUACAUACCUAAAGGGUACCGCGUUCAAACGAGCUUCUGGGCAGUUUUCCACUCAAAGCGUUACUUUGCGGAACCGCGAGAAUUCCACCCCGAGAGAUGGCUUCCAAAAGACCAUCCAGAUUAUGACAAGACAUUUGAGAAUGAUAAGCUGUCUGUAUUCCAGCCUUUCAGCAUUGGUACGCGAGGCUGCAUCGGUCGCAAAACAGGACUCUUGCAGGCGCAGCUGAUGAUCUCCAAGAUGGUUUGGGCCCUGGAUUGGGAGCAUAUGAAUCAACACGAGAUGGACUGGGAAUGGAAUCUGAGAAGAUACGCUAUGAAUCAGUUGCCCCAGGUGGUUGUUCGUUUCCGAAAGCGAUCUACAUAG